AUGAGAGAACCAACUGCUGCCUGCUCCCGAAAUGAUACAAAUACAACUCCAACAGGGGUAGGAGUACACGGCCAGGCCGAUACCAUUAGCACGGUUAUCUCUACGAAGAAGACAUGGCGUUUUUGGGCCAUAUUCCCUGCACUAUGCAUGACUACCUUUUUAUCUGCGCUCGAUACAUCAAUUCUCUCAACGGCGCUGCCUACUAUAUCCAAGGAUUUGGGCGCUGGUCCUCUAUACAUCUGGAUUACGAAUGCGUACGUGCUUUCGUCUACUGUCACGCAACCCCUCUUCGGUCAAUCAGCCAACAUCUUCGGUCGGAGAUGGCUCUUAAUCCUCUCGGUUGUCUGGUUUGCUGUCGGUAGUGGAUUAGCUGGAGGUGCGAACGGAACUACCGUUAUCAUUUUAGGCAGAACUAUUCAAGGUAUCGGCGGCGGGGGCAUCAAUACCUUGAUAGAUAUUGUCAUUGGGGAUCUGGUACCCAUGCGUGAACGAGGAAAAUACGUUGCGCUAAUGGGUGUUAUCUGGGCCAUUGGCACUGUGAUAGGGCCAGUACUUGGUGGCGGCCUAGCUGAGCAUGCCUCCUGGAGAUGGAUUUUUUAUAUAAACCUCCCUCUCUCUGGGUUAUCCCUGAUUUUGCUGUAUUUUUUCUUGCGUGUGGCAUCUCCGCCAGGUAAUGGGUUCUACAAACAGCUUUUACGUGUGGACUUUAUUGGCAAUGCCAUACUUGUCAUGGCUGUCAUAUCUAUUCUCUUGUCAUUGACCUGGGUGGGCACGCUCUACCCUUGGUCUUCUUGGAAGAUCAUUUUACCCCUCGUUAUUGGGUUCCUGGGAUUGAUUCUUUUCUAUGCACAUCAGACAUCACGUUUCUGCCGUGAACCAUCUAUCCCAUUGAGGUUAUUCCCCACACCUACAUCCCUCUUUUCCCUCAUCCUAGGAUUCACGGGUUCUAUUCUGAUCUAUUGGGUUGGCUACUUCCUGCCAGUCUACUUCCAGGCUGUGCUAGGAACGUCCGCAACGAAGUCUGGUCUUUUCGUUCUUCCGAUUACAGGUGCAGUUGCCCCCUUCGGCAUCCUGGCCGGUAUUCUCAUUUCUGUCUGGGGCAAGUACCGAGCUUUCCAUUUCAUUGGUUUCGGUCUUAUGUCAAUCGCCGUAGGACUCUUCUCAAUUCUUGAUCAACACUCAUCGGCUGGAUAUUGGGCAGGGUUCCAGAUAAUUUUUGGAGCUGGGUCAGGCCUGAUAUAUUCGAGCACAUUACCGCCAAUCCAAGCCUCUUUACACGAAUCUGACAUGGCUACGGCAACUGCAACCUGGGCAUUUAUGCGGAGUUUUGGAUCCAUCUGGGGGGUUGCUAUCCCCACCGCAAUAUUUAACGAGAAGACUGAAUCCCUUCUCGGAGGAAUCAGCGAUCCUUCUUUGAGGCGUCAUCUCUCGAACGGUGGAGCAUAUGCACUCGCAAGUUCCGGCCUCUCAUCCUCCCUCAUGCAUGACCCGAAACUAUUAUCGGAGGUGAUUGGAUUAUAUACUCAAUCUUUAAGGUUUGUAUGGUUGUUAGCAAUACCCUUCGGCAUUUGCGGAUUCGUUGCCAGUUUUCCCAUUCGCCAGCUUGAAUUAAAGACACAUCUGGAGACUGAAUUUGGGCUGCAAGAGCAGCGACAGGAAGGUUAG